AUGGCAUCAUCCGAGGUUUCGAACUCGAGCACCAAGCCGCACGAAAAUAGCGAAGCAUACGAGGAGGAACAUGUGCAUCAGGUGUACCAACAGAUCGCACAGCAUUUCUCCGCUACGCGGUACAAGCCAUGGCCUGUAGUGGAGCGGUUUUUGAAGGAACAAACUCCUGGCUCUAUUGGGCUUGACAUCGGGUGCGGUAAUGGCAAGUACCUAACCGUCAAUCCUGACGUAUUCAUUUUGGGAAUAUCUGCGGUAUUUUUUUUUCUUAUUUGUUUUAUAUUUUUUACGUCUUCAUGUUUUCUUUUUUUAAGCAAUUCGAUUAUGUCCCCUGUCUAUAAAAUGUCGAUCCUUUGUAAUAUUACAUUACGAAGGGCCCGUGCUCUGGCACGUAUUGCCAUAAAACACCAGCCACACUCGACUAUUUUGGCUGAUAUCCUGGAUCUACCGCAUCCGUAUUCUCGCUUCGAUUUUGCCAUAUCAAUUGCCGUGAUUCAUCAUCUAUCAACGCCAGAGAGAAGAGUUCGCGCAAUAGCUGAGAUAUUACAGACUCUGAAACCGACCACUAACAACAGCAGAGGCGGCACGGCCUUGGUCUACGUGUGGGCUCUGGAGCAAAAGGAAAGCCGUAGAGGCUGGGACAAAGGUGACCAGCAGGAUAUCAUGGUACCUUGGGUUCUAAAGCAAAAACCGACUGAAUCUGGUUCAAACAACGAACAAAAGGUAUUUCAUCGAUAUUACCACCUGUAUGAAUCAGGAGAGUUGGAGCGUGAUAUAUGCAGUGCAGGAGGCAAAGUCCUGGACUCGGGGUAUGAUAAAGACAAUUGGUGGGCGAUCGCAACGCGAUCCCCAGAGACAUGA